AUGCCGUCCUCUACUCCAUCGUUUGGCGAGAUCGAAUACUGGAAUAAUCGCUUUACCAAAGAAGACCAAUUCGACUGGCUGGCCGAUUUUGCACUUCUGGAACCUUGGUUGAAGAAAGCUAUUGCUGAAACAUCUGGGCAUGGUGAAGUUUUGCACAUCGGGUGUGGAUCUUCUGCGCUAUCGACACAGCUACGGGGACUGGUGGACUCACCACAGCAGAUCCAUAAUGUGGACUACUCGCCCGUGGUGAUAGAACGCAAUCGACAGCGCGAAAGUGAGAUGCUACGAUCCCUAGCGUCUGGGAUCGAGCCCUGUCGUUGGUCGACACUAGACCUAUUGUCUGCAUCGAAAAUCCUGGACCUUGGAAAAUCUGGAGACAAGUAUGAUGUUAUCAUCGACAAAUCCACUUCGGACGCCAUCUCCUGCGCUGAGGACGUCGCAGUCGAAUUACCAUAUCGCAUAAACACCAUCAACAAGGACCCAUCUCCAGCUCAGAAGUGGGAAAGAUUAUACCCUCUACAUAUACUAGCUAUCCAUCUAGCCUAUCUAGCGAGACCUGGUUGCCGAUGGGUCGUACUUAGCUACUCUGAUUCUCGCUUUUCGUCCUGGGAGGAUGCAACACCAUCUGGUCUUCCAGCAUCGAAUCUGCUAUGGGAGAUGAAAAAACACGAGAAGAUUGAGCAGCCGCCUGAUCCUGAGGAUAUGGUACAUAGGCCGCCGACUUUGCAUCACCUGUAUAUCCUCCAACGUACAGAUGUGGUACUGGAUCAAGAUACUUGA